CUAGCUGAGGAUGCCGCACAUCGCUAUGGAAGCAGAGCUGCCUCGAAACACCAGAAUCCUCGGGCGCAUCAAUUUCUUAAUUUGGGUACAAUUUUCACCGAGGAGAUGCGCGAGUUGGAAAGUGUGUAUGAAUUUGUGAUUCGGGAAAUCCACAACAAGGCGCCCGAGGCGAGGUUUCGCGUGAAUACGACCGCCAGCACAUUGCUAUCCGACGACCCUUUCAAUCUCACCCGCGAAUUGUGCGGGCAAAUGGCGAAAGGCAUCAUGGCCAUGGUGUCGCCAACGGUGAACCAGAGUUACGAAACGAUAGCGUCUAUUUCGAACACAUUCCACAUGCCGUUUGUUACGACCGAAUUCCCCGAGCUGGCCCAGUCUCGACCCGCUCUAUUCGGAGUGGCGGUCAAGCCAUCUUACCUCCGUGCCGUUAUGGACAUCGUGACUUAUUACCGAUGGCCCUACGUUAUCUACAUGUACAACUCCGACGACGGUUUGCUCAAACUCCAACAACUUUUCCGGAUGUCGAUGGACACCAAUGUCGAAAUCAAGGUUGUUAAACGAAUCGAAAACGCCGAAGACGCAAACAACUUUUUACGCGAUCUCGAGAAACCCGACAGCAACUGUACGGCUGGAGUCAUGUCGCUAAUUUGCGAAAGUCAUCGAGAAACCCGAAAAUACGUUGUGUUAGACUGCGGUGCCGAUAUGGCUCGCGAUAUCAUCAUUAGCCACGUGCAAGACGUCAAUAUGGGUCGAAGGAAUUUUCAUUUUCUACUCACGAGUUUGGUGAUGGACGAAUACCUCAAUAACCGAAUUCUCGAGCUCGGCGUUCUCAAUGUGACCGGAUUCCGAGUCGUUCAACCUCAUCGUGAGCAAGUUAAAGAGUUUAUCAAGCAAUGGCAGAAACUCGAUCCAAUCAAAUGGCCCGGAGCCGGGACCGAUUAUCUGAGAGCUGAUGUUGCACUCCUGCACGAUACAGCGUUGGUCAUCCUAGACGCAUUUUCUCGACUGCUGAAAAACAAGCCAGAUCUCUUUCGGAACAACACCCGACGAGGUGAAAUCUACAAUCGAGGUCAACGCGGUGUCGAUUGCCAAAACAACCCAACAAUUCCUUGGGAGCACGGCGAGAUCAUCGUCGACUACCUCAGAGCGACAAAUAUCGUCGGCUUGACUGGAAACAUCUCGUUCGAUGACCGGGGCUAUCGGGAGAACUUCUCCGUUGACGUGGUCGAAAUGACCACUAACAGCGAGAUGGUGAAAGUCGCUGAAUGGAGCGAUAGCCUCGGCUUGCAACUGUUUCCACCGAAGUACAAGAGAGUCCGACUCGACAACGAGUUCGAGAACAAAACCUACAUUGUCACAAGCAUCCUGGAAGAGCCAUAUUUGAUGGAGAAACGAUCAGAGAACGGCAAGGAGCUAGUGGGCAACGAGCGGUACGAAGGUUAUUGCAAAGAUCUCGCUGACCUCGUAGCCGACCACAUGAAAAUCGGUUAUGUCCUCAAGCUGGUCAACGACAGCAAGUAUGGCGGUCAGGAUAAAUAUGCUGCUUCCGGUUGGAACGGGAUGGUUGGCGAACUCAUCCGAAAGGAAGCGCACCUGGCCAUUGCCCCACUCACGAUAACGUCAGCGAGAGAACGAGUUAUCGACUUCACGAAACCGUUCAUGUCGCUUGGCAUCAGCAUCAUGAUCAAAAAGCCCAUGAAGAAGAAGCCGGGCGUAUUUUCAUUCAUGAAUCCACUGUCGCAAGAGAUCUGGAUGUGUAUAAUCUUCGCCUACGUCGGCGUCUCGGUGGUGCUAUUCCUCGUGUCACGUUUCUCGCCUCAUGAAUGGCGUUAUGAGGAAACUUUCGUGGGGCCUUCAGUAUCGAACGAUUUUUCCCUGUACAACAGUCUUUGGUUCUCUUUAGGGGCCUUCAUGCAGCAGGGCUGUGAUAUCUGCCCGAGAUCCGUAGCGGGCCGAAUCGUAGGAGGCGUGUGGUGGUUCUUCACUCUGAUCAUCAUUUCAUCAUACACUGCCAAUCUGGCUGCGUUCCUUACAGUGGAACGUAUGGUAACACCUAUCAACUCGGCAGACGACCUCGCCAAGCAAACUGAGGUCGAGUAUGGAACCCUCGAAUCCUCUUCCACUCAAGAUUUCUUCAGGAAAUCGAAGAUCAAUGUGUUUGCCCGUAUGUGGGAGUUCAUGUCUGCCCGGAAGCAUGUCUUCACCCAAACGUACGAGGAGGGCAUAAGUCGGGUCCGCCAAUCAAAGGGAAAGUACGCCUUCCUGAUGGAGUCUACCAAGAAUGACUACAUCAACGAACGACAGCCUUGCGACACCAUGAAAGUUGGACGAAACUUAGACGCAAAAGGCUAUGGAGUCGCCACACCGCUCGGGUCGACCCUCAGGGAUCGACUCAACCUUGCAGUGCUCCAGAUGAAGGAGAAUGGCGAUCUGGCUCGCUUAGAGAAUAAGUGGUGGUACGAUCGGAGUGAAUGUAGAACUACCGAUAGCAAGGAGUCGGCCCAAAACGAGUUGACACUGAGCAACGUGGCUGGCUGCUUCUACAUCCUGAUCGGCGGACUCGUUCUGGCCAUGGUUGUGGCCCUCGUGGAGUUUUGCUACAAGGCACGCAUGGAAGCUGCCCGAUCUAAGAUGACGAUGUACGAAGCGAUGCGGGCGAAAGUGCGCAUGUCGAUUACGGGCACUCAGAACGAUAGACCACUCAUUGGAGGAAGGGCCCCUGUUCUCCCGGGCAGUUAUUCUCCGCCAUUGCCUCCGCUUCACCAUCCCGGACCUUUACCUCCUUUGGACACGGACCGCCUGUCCGUCAACACGCAUACCCAAGUCUGA